CUGCAGCCAUGGCUCCUCUCACUGUCAAAAUCAAACACGCCGGAAAGGUCCAUGAACUCCCUCUUGACCCCGACCAGCCAGCCACGGUCUUCAAAGAUGCCGUGUACCAGUUGACCGGCGUACCGCCGGAUCGGAUGAAGGUUAUGAUCAAGGGUGGUGUUUUGAAGGAUGACACAGAUUGGAGAAAGGUUGCUCCCAAAGACGGCCAGACGUUCAUGGUGAUCGGGGCUGCGGGAGAGCUACCCAAGCCCCCGUCAACGCCCAUUCAGUUCUUGGAAGACAUGGACGAAACCGCCUUGGCAGAAGCUCUUGCCAUGCCUGUCGGUCUUGUGAACUUGGGUAACACUUGUUACAUGAACGCUACGCUCCAAGCCAUGCGUGCGAUACCUGAACUUCAGGUCGCCCUGCAAAACUCUACACCCACUGGACUCCCUAUGGCUCUGCGCAACCUCUACACCAACAUGUCAAAGACUACAGACAGCGUUACGCCGAGCAAUUUCGUUGCUGCUCUCCGGCAAGCGUUCCCUCAGUUUGCAGAACAAACGCGGGCAUCGGGGAUUAAGGCACUCAUGGGCGGCGGCUUCGCACAGCAAGAUGCGGAGGAGUGCUGGGUCCAGAUCACAAAUUCAUUGAAGGACGUCCCGGGGAUUCCCGGCCCUUCAGGCUCGAAUGCGUCGGCUAAGUUCGUUGAGCAGUACAUGACUGGCGAGCUACGAAGAGUAUUGAAGUGCGACGAGACGACAGACGAACCGGAGUCGGUCUCUUUCGAGAAGGUCCUCAAAGUAUCAUGUAACAUCUCGAACGCUGUCAACUACAUGCAACAGGGCAUUAUGGAGGCACUGGAUGGCAAAAUCGAGAAACAGUCAGAGACCUUGGGCCGCGAAGCGGUGUACACCUCAACCUCACGGUUGUCGCGCCUUCCAUCGUACCUCACUGUCCAUAUGGUGCGUUUCGCGUGGAAGCGCGACAUCGGGAAGAAGGCGAAGAUCAUGCGUCGCGUGAAGUUCCCCGCCGAGUACGACGCUCUGGAUAUUGCCACCCCCGAGCUCAAGGAGAAGCUGCUCCCCAUCUCGCGGAAGUUGAAGGAGUUCGAGAAGGAGCGUUCGGAGCGCCGCAAGGUCCGCAAACGCACGAAGGCUGCCCUGCCCGUCAAGGACAAGGAAGGCGAUGUGCAGAUGGCCGACGCCGACGCACCUGAAGCCUCCUCGUCAAGCGGCGAUGCUGCUGCGCCAGCCGCAGAGGGCGAAGACAAGGGCAAGGCUGUUGCUGUUGUAGACCUCGAGGAGGAGAGCGUAUACCGCGAGCGGGAAGGCAAGGAGCUGGAGGCGCUGCUGCACGCUGAUAUCAAGGCAGAUGUGGGCGCGAGCACAACAGGGCAGUACGAGCUCGUCGGAAUCGUCACGCACAAGGGUGCCGAGGCGGACGCCGGGCACUACAUCGGCUUCGUGAAGAAGCGCGCGCUGCACGCGUCGCCGCUCGCGCCAGGCGCGGCAUCGGGCGCGGUCCCGGACGAGGACGACGAGGACUGGUACAAGUUCGACGACGACAAGGUGUCCAUCUUCCCUGCGGAGAAGCUCGAGACGCUUUCCGGCGGCGGGCAGGACGCCUCCGCGUACGUGCUGCUGUACCGGACGCGCCCGCUCGUCUAGGCGGGCCGCGGAUUCCGUGCUGGGGCGGGGUGUAGAAGCGAAACGUGUACAGGAAAGGAUGUCAUUGUAUGGAGUAGUGUGUAACGCAUGAUGGUUUGUU